AUGGGUGAGAGGCAAGAAGAUUUCAUUGAUCGUUACCUUUUGCAAAAGCUGCUGGGAAAAGGAUCCUUCGGUUCGGUCUAUGCAGGUGUUCGGAGAUCAGAUGGGGCAAAGGUGGCUGUGAAAUUCAUAAAGAAUUAUAAGGAUUACCCAUACGUCACCCUUCCCAGUGAAAGACAGAGACUCCCUCUUGAGGUGGCACUAAUGGAACUCGUGUCUAAGCCACCUCACUGUCCACAUGUGAUAGAGAUGGUGGAAUGGUUUGAGAUGACCACAAUGUUCAUCUUGGUCCUGGAGCGGCCCGAGCCCUGCGUUGAUCUCUUCCAGUACUGUAGAAGUGUGAAGGUGUCUGAAAAUAACGCUCAAGUUAUCAUGCAGCGAAUUGUCAACGCUGCACGUCACUGCCAUGACCGAGGUGUGAUCCAUCGUGACAUCAGGGAUGAAAACGUUCUCAUAAAUCCUCAGACGCUUGAAGUGAAGCUGAUCGAUUUCGGCUGUGGUGAUCUGCUUAAGGACACGCCCUACACGGAAUAUGCAGGUUGCUUGGAUUAUGAACCUCCUGAAUCGAUCGUUGAAGGAAAGUACGAGGCGGAACCUGCCACCGUCUGGGGUCUUGGCAUAUUCCUGUACACACUAUUAUGUGGAGCAGAACCUUUUGAUGCAGCACAAGAGAUUGUUAAUGGACACCUGGACUUUCCUUCUAAUCUGUCUGAAGCUUCCUGCAGUCUGAUACAGUGGUGCCUGCAACGAAACCCCAAAAGACGACCAACACUGGAGCAGAUCCUCACACAUCACUGGUUCUGGGGACAUGUUAAUGAAGAACAACAGAAUAAAUCCAAAUAA